AUGGCUACUUUGUGCACACUGGUCUCUGAGUUGGCUUCCCGGAGCCACACAGGCCGCCUUUCGCCCCUAUUCUGGAGUCCUCUAGGAGAAGUUCUCUUUCAAGAAUACCUCGUUAAUGUGGCAUUUUAUCUUCUCACUGAGGAACCCUUUUUACAGCGCUGGGCCGACCGACUCAGCUAUUCCGCAUUUUCCCAAAAUGGUGGAACUGGUUUGAACAAUUGCAAAGGAUGCAACCUUAUCGAUGACGGAAGCGAUGAAAUUGGAAGACAAAAAUGGUCUAAGCCAGGGGAUGAUGCAUCCUCUACUUCAGCGACUAACUUAUCUGUUAAUACUGCUCCUGAGCGAGGCGGGCAAAUGGUUUCAGAUCUACUUAGUCUUCUUGAUCCGGGAGUCAAAAGCAACACUACCCCAGUUAUCCGUGAAGUCUAUCACCAUACAUGUUUUCAUCAACGCUUUCAAAAGCUGCUAUACACAUCUAACUCCUUCAAGACUAUCUUCCAACCUGCAUUCCUAUGUAAAGAGCAUGAAGAUAAAUACCAUGAGUCCACUUUCUCAGAAUCGUCUAUGUUACUUCGGCAAAAUGGCUGGUUUGCCAUAUGGCAGAGUCGUUGUACACCUCAGCGUGUUCAUGAGAAUCUCACGCCUAAAUCGCAAACACCAUUAGCGGAAAUGGCUGUCCGUCAUCUUCUUACUGCUUGUCAGACUGGUCGCUUCUCUGAAGCCAGAGACCUAUUGCUUCAAAUGCACAGAGUCACUCAGGGGGCCAUGGAACCUGCUGUAUGUGUCAACGCAAUGGACGAGAAUGGCCGAUUUGCUCUACUAUUGGCGACAGUAAGUAUUUUAUUAAGGCUAUUUUAA